CCUUUAACCUGCUAUGUCCGGUGGAGUUAACUGCAAUAACCGGCACACCCGGUGGGCCGGUUGGUCAUAUAGUGCUUUGGGGGUUUAAGCAAAGGAUGGGAAACUUUAUCAGAGGGUUUUGGGAUUCAAAGCAACAAAUUGUUUUCUUUUUCUUUUCAAUUUAGUUUCUUGAGACAAAAACAAUCCGAAUCAUGAGAUAAAUUGCUUCUGUGAUGAAAAACUAGUGCUGUCGAUUUUGCUCGUUCACUUCAAAAUUUAGAAUUAGCUGAUCUUACAUUCUUUGGAAUUCCGCUUCAUCCUGUUGAAAUUGGGUUCUGUGAAGCAAAAAACAGGCUUUCAAACUGUGGCUGGUUAAGUCGAGCAAGAAGAAAAGUGCUCAUUUAUCGGAUAGUGGGUCUUGGGUUGCUGAAUAUCUGUGCUUGAUCCGUCUGUUUUGGCAUGGUUUCUAAGAUAUGGUCUUACAGAAGAGGAUAGAGUACGGAUUUAAUGGCUACCAGGCUCCUGCCAUGCCCCGAGCUUCUCGCUCAGUUAGGAGGAGGGCUGUAUUUCAAAGAGCGGAAGAUAAGCAAAAGUGUUCAUUUGACUUAUUGGCCACCGUAGCUGGUAAACUAUUACAAGAGAGAGAGAAUGCAGCCAUUUCUAGUGAUACAUUAUCAAAUAAGGAUCAGUGUAGAUUUGUCAAAGAUUGCCAUGAUGCAAAUAAACCAUCCAAAUCCGAGCUUUCUGAGGACGGAAAUUGUGACAAAAAAAGUUUGAAUGAAUUCCCACGUCCUUCAAUUGAAGACCAUGCUAAGAUUGCUUCUAUAGUAACAAGUUCUAGUUGCUUAGAGAGGUUCGUUGCAAAAAAAUUGGUGGAUGGAAAUAGCCAUAUCAAAAUGGAAAAUGUUACUAGCGAAGUCAAAUUAGACUCUUCGGGUUAUCCAAAGGAAAGUCAGUUCAAGUUAGAUGGCAAUACGGGUAAAGGAAAGGAUGCGAUGCAUGAGUUGGAGAAGAUACCCAUUGGCAGUGGAAUUGAGAUGUACAGUUUUCGGGAUCCGCCGGAUGAAAAUCCUCCUGCGUUGAUCAGUUUAGGUGGCAGUGCCAAGUUGUCUGGGUAUAAUGAUAGGAUUCCCCGUAGCUUGUUGUCCAAAGGUUGUGACAAUGUACCAGUAGUUAGUAGAGAUGAUGACGAAAACUCUUCUGGGUGUACUCACCCUAUUAAUACUAAAACCAAGGCUUUUAGGCCAAAGAAUUGUAUAGAUGAUAGUGGAAUAAGUAAAAGACUGGCUUCUAACUUUCAGAAAGUUGCUCAAAAGCCGAAGCAUGACACACUUUCUAACCGUGAUGGAAUUUGGAAGAAAACUUACCACAAUCAGAGGAAGUGCAAUAAAAGCCAAAUUUCUCAGAUGAAUAUUCCUUUCAAAAAGAGGAAGCUUUUUAAUUAUAAGUCUGUCUCAAAUUCUAGUGGAUUUACCAGAAGUGGUGGAAUUUAUUAUUCACCGAAGAAUUGUAGUAAUCCGGAUGCUUGUGACUCACUUCCUGGGAUGCACAGAGACCCUGGAAUUCCAUCCUUGGAAGCAUGUCAACACCAGAUGUUAUGUCGAAUAGGUUCUCAUGUGAAGCUUAGGAUCAAGUCAUUUAGAGUGCCAGAGCUUUUUAUAGAGGUUCCAGAAACUGCAACAAUUGGGUCCUUGAAGAGGACAGUAAUGGAUGCAGUGACUGCUGUACUCGGAGGUGAAUUGCAUAUUGGUGUUUUUCUCCAGGGAAAGAAAGUUAGGGAUGAUAGUAAAACACUACUUCAAACUGGAAUUUCUCAUCAUAACCAGUUUGAUGCUUUGGGUUUUACCCUGGAGCCUAAUUCUUCACAAAGCCUACCGAUUGUAUGUGCUGCACAUUCUCCCUGUCCCGGUGCUGACGUAACUCCGCCUGUAUUAAGGUGUCCUUCUAGUCCAGCUGUAAUUCAUCAGAGCAUUCAAGGCAAUUCUGACACGUUACCUGAGCAUCAAGUAACAAGUUUUGGUAGCCAAUUUGAAAGUGAUAAUGAUUCGGCACCUUAUCCUGCUAACACUUCUGUUGACAAAGGUAUGGAAGAUUCCAAAGAAUUGGUUACUGUUCUUGAAAAGGGUAGGGAGGAACUAGCUAUGGUAUCUGUACCCCAGAAGCCAAGGCGAUCAGAAAUGGUACAGCGCCGAAUCCGUAGGCCUUUCUCUGUAGAUGAAGUAGAAGCACUGGUUCAAGCAGUUGAAAAACUAGGAACCGGAAGGUGGCGUGAUGUUAAGCUUUGUGCUUUCGAUAAUGCUAAGCAUCGGACAUAUGUGGAUUUGAAGGAUAAAUGGAAAACACUAGUGCACACGGCAAGAAUAUCCCCUCAGCAAAGAAGGGGUGAACCUGUUCCCCAAGAACUUUUGGACAGGGUUCUAGUGGCCCACGCAUAUUGGUCCCAUCAGCAGAAUAAGCAGCAGCAGAAGCAGCAGCAGCAAACUGAAACCGUCUUCUCCUUCAAUCGUAAGGGGCAAGGGUUGUCAUCAGCCAGUGGCCAUGUGGAUGACAGUGUUUUGGUUUCUGACUUUUGUUGUUAGUGUCCUUUUCCUUUUGCUUUCAAUAAAUAUUUAUGAAGUCUACCUGUUAAUGAACCAUGUAAAAAGUGAUGAUGACUAGGUACAAAAAAGAACAGAUCUCGGGUUCUUGUAAAAUUAUCUCUGCUCCUCAUUUGGAUCUUUCCCUGCGUGGACACUGCUUCUUGUAAAUGCUUUAUGUAAUAAAGUGCUCCCUAACAAUUCUUUUCACUGUAAAUAUUUAAUUGCUUUUGUACAAAA